CUUCCCGCCUUGGUUGGUUAUGGGCGUGAAGGCUCAUCUGGAGACGUAAACAUCUCCAAGUGGACAGUGUGGGUUCGCCUGGCCUAGCCAUUUUAUUGUCUGGGCUGUACCUGGAAAAGGGCACCGUGGCUUCCUUGAAGUGUGAGAGUCGAGAAAAAGCUUCGGUUCUUGUCAUUCCCUUUCGUCCGCUGCUGCCGCCCCCGCAAGGCUUCGCCGUCGCCACUUCCAGCGACUCGCUGCGCUCCAUUCUCUCCGCUUCGCUUCCCGCCAACCGCAACCAUUGACGCCAUGUCGGGUUAUUCGAGUGACCGAGACCGCGGCCGGGAUCGAGGGUUUGGUGCCCCUCGAUUUGGAGGAAGUAGGGCAGGGCCCUUAUCUGGCAAGAAGUUUGGAAACCCUGGGGAGAAACUGGUUAAAAAGAAGUGGAAUCUUGAUGAGCUGCCCAAAUUUGAGAAGAAUUUUUAUCAGGAACACCCUGAUUUGGCUAGGCGUACAGCACAAGAGGUAGAGACAUACAGAAGAAGCAAGGAAAUUACAGUCAGAGGUCACAACUGUCCAAAGCCAGUCCUGAAUUUUUAUGAAGCAAAUUUCCCUGCAAACGUCAUGGAUGUGAUUGCAAGGCAGAACUUUACUGAACCCACAGCUAUUCAAGCUCAGGGAUGGCCAGUUGCUCUAAGUGGAUUGGAUAUGGUUGGGGUAGCACAAACUGGAUCUGGGAAGACGUUGUCUUAUUUGCUGCCUGCCAUUGUCCACAUCAAUCAUCAGCCAUUUCUAGAGAGAGGUGAUGGGCCUAUUUGCUUGGUGCUGGCACCAACUCGGGAACUGGCCCAACAGGUACAGCAAGUAGCUGCUGAAUACUGUAGAGCAUGUCGCUUGAAGUCCACUUGUAUUUAUGGUGGUGCUCCCAAGGGACCACAGAUACGUGAUUUGGAGAGAGGUGUGGAAAUCUGUAUUGCAACACCUGGAAGACUGAUUGACUUUUUAGAAUGUGGGAAAACCAAUCUAAGAAGAACCACCUACCUUGUCCUUGAUGAAGCAGAUAGAAUGCUUGAUAUGGGAUUCGAACCCCAAAUAAGGAAGAUUGUGGAUCAGAUAAGACCUGAUAGGCAAACCCUAAUGUGGAGUGCUACUUGGCCAAAAGAAGUAAGACAGCUUGCUGAAGAUUUCUUGAAAGACUAUAUUCAUAUAAACAUUGGUGCACUAGAACUGAGUGCAAAUCACAACAUUCUUCAGAUCGUGGAUGUGUGUCAUGACGUAGAAAAGGAUGAAAAGCUUAUUCGUUUAAUGGAAGAGAUCAUGAGUGAGAAGGAGAAUAAAACCAUUGUUUUUGUUGAAACCAAAAGAAGAUGUGAUGAACUCACUAGAAAAAUGAGGAGAGAUGGGUGGCCUGCCAUGGGUAUCCAUGGUGACAAGAGUCAACAGGAACGUGACUGGGUUCUAAAUGAAUUCAAACAUGGAAAGGCUCCUAUUCUGAUUGCUACAGAUGUGGCCUCCAGAGGGCUAGAUGUGGAAGAUGUGAAAUUUGUCAUCAAUUAUGACUACCCUAACUCCUCAGAGGAUUAUAUUCAUCGAAUUGGAAGAACUGCUCGCAGUACCAAAACAGGCACAGCAUACACUUUCUUUACACCUAAUAACAUAAAGCAAGUGAGCGACCUUAUCUCUGUGCUUCGUGAAGCUAAUCAAGCAAUUAAUCCCAAAUUGCUUCAGUUGGUCGAAGACAGAGGUUCAGGUCGUUCCAGGGGUAGAGGAGGCAUGAAGGAUGACCGUCGGGACAGAUACUCUGCGGGCAAAAGGGGUGGAUUUAAUACAUUUAGAGACAGGGAAAAUUAUGACCGAGGUUACUCUAGUUUGCUUAAGAGAGAUUUUGGGGCAAAAACUCAAAACGGUGUUUACAGUGCUGCAAAUUACACCAAUGGGAGCUUUGGAAGUAAUUUUGUGUCUGCUGGUAUACAGACCAGUUUUAGGACUGGUAAUCCAACAGGGACUUACCAGAAUGGUUAUGAUAGCACUCAGCAAUAUGGAAGUAAUGUUCCAAAUAUGCACAAUGGUAUGAAUCAACAGGCAUAUGCAUAUCCUGCUACUGCAGCUGCGCCUAUGAUUGGUUAUCCAAUGCCAACAGGAUAUUCUCAAUAAGACUUUAGAAGUAUAUGUAAAUGUCUGUUUUUCAUAAUUGCUCUUUAUAUCGUGUGUUACCAGACAAGAUAGUUAUUUAAGAAACAUGGGAAAUGCAGAAAUGACUGCAGUGCAGCAGUAAUUAUGGUGCACUUUUUCGCUAUUUAAGUUGGAUAUUUCUCUACAUUCCUGAAACAAUUUUUAGGUUUUUUUUGUACUAGAAAAUGCAGGCAGUGUUUUCACAAAAGUAAAUGUACAGUGAUUUGAAAUACAAUAAAUGAAGGCAAUGCAUGGCCUUCCAAUAAAAAAUAUUUGAAGACUGAA